CUGAAAAUAAAGCUGUACAGUAAUAUCCUUCUUAAAAAUGGUUUAAACAUGUUCCAGCCUAUAGUUCUUAUUCUGUUUGCUUCUGGAUUUACUGUGGCACAAAAGAAAGAGCUCCUUUGCAGAUCGGAUGACUUAGAAAUAUCGUUUUCCACCUGUGGUGAUCACAGUACUGGCCCAUUCACCUUUGGAGCAGAACCAUGUAGUUUUAAAGGUAAUUCAAGAUGGAAGGGUUCUUUGUUCUGGAUUCCAAAGGCUGAUAUAAACGUCUUGACUGGGUGUGUACGCUUGUGGCAUGCAAAUUCAAAAGUCUUAGAAUGGAAAGGUGCUCUUUGCAAAGGUGUGGAUGAUGACUAUUCAUUCUGCGGAGCUCUAAAGGGAGAGACUAUCAACACAACUGUGAAUAUCAGCGGUGGAAAAAUAUUCUACCCAAAGUGAGUGUACAAAGACUGACAGUUUCAGAGAAGAGACUAGUGUGGAUUUAUCCCAGGAGUCUUGAUAAGCCAUCUUACUUCCACUAGGAAGAACAGGAAUAUACUAGUAAGUGAUGAAAUUAUUGUUUUGUUCCUUUACACAUUCCAUACUCGGGAUCAUUAGGAAAGGGACUGAAAAUACACAUGUUAAAAUCGUAAUAACCUUAUACAAAUUCAUGGUGCAUCCACAUUUAGAGUACUGUGUACAGUUCUGGUCACCAUAUCUCAAAACUGACAGUGUAGAACUAAAAAAGGUGCAGAAGAGGGCAACCAAGAUGAUCAGGUGUCUAGAGCACCCUCCUUAUGAGUCAAGGCUACAACAUCUGGAGCUUUUUAGUUUAGAAAAGAGGCUACUAAAGGGAGAUGUGAUCAAAGUGUAUAAAAUUAUCCAUGGAGUGGAGAGGGUAGACAGAGACAAAUUUUUCUCCAUCUCUCAUAACACUAGAACCAGGGGUCACCCCAUGAAACUGAAGGUUGGGAAAUUUAGGACUGAUAAGAAGUACUUUUUCACACACCACAUAAUUAAUCUAUGGAAUUCUUUGCCAUGGGAUGUGGUGAUGGCCACCAGCUUGGAUGGCUUUAAAAGGGGCUUAGUCUAAUUCAUGGAGAACAUGUCUAUCAGUGGUUAUUAGUCUUGAUAGCUAUAGGCUACCUACCUCUCGGCCCAGAGGCAGAAAGCCUCUAAAUACCAGUUGUGAGGGAGCCACAGCAGGAAUGAGGGCAGCAUGCCUUCAUAUCUUGCCUGUUGGCUUCCCAGAGGCAUCUGGUGGGCCACUGCGUGAAACAGGAUGCUGAACUAGAUAGGUCUUGGACCUGAUCCAGCAUGGCUGUUCUUAUGUUUUUAUGUAGUCAUUGCACCACAUUUUUGUCCCCUUUCAGAACACUUGUAGUGUUCUGUAGUGUUUGUAGAAAAGGGAGUAACUCUAUGGACAGGUUAACACUAUCUUCUGCAAGAAAGUAGGAGGGAACAGCAGGUUCCAGGGGAGUGCAUAAUUUCAACAUAAGCCAGUAGUUUCAGCCUUGUCCAUGUCAUCUGCGCCCAGAAAUGUUGGGUGGAGAAUAUUGGGUUCCCACCACCUCCCAGCAUUCCCCAGCAUCUGAAACCAACAUUUGAAAUUGUCUUGAGAAUGUCAGGCAAAUGUUGAGCAGUGCUGGAAACCUGACAUUCUUGAUGCAAUAUGGCAGAUUUGGACUUCACAAAAUAAGUGCAACAUGUGCCCCACCCUGCGCAUCACACACAUAGGGUGUGUGGCCAAGCUCAGAAAGUGCCCAGUGCCCUACUCAAACCCGCUCCCCACCUGGGAUCAC